AUGCCCGCCCCUCUCCACCAGGCCCGUUCGCCUCCUUCCAAGCUGCUGGUGUUGCUUCUUGUCCUCUCAGGAGCCUCUGAGCAGAGCAACAGAAAUGAAUGGCAGGUGCUGCAACCCAAGGGUCCCAUGCAGGUGGCAGAAGGUGAGACACUCCUACUGAGGUGUACCUUGACCAGCUCCUGCAUCGAUGCCAUGGUAAAAUGGGUCAAGGUGAGCAAUAACAGCCAGCAGGAAAUUUAUAACUUCAAACAUGGCUUCUUCGCUGGAGUGACAGCCAUGAUCCAACAGACUUUGGAGCCACUUAAUUGCGACUAUUCCAUCUAUAUCCAUAAUGUCACCAGGGAGCAGGCAGGAACCUACCACUGCGUGAGAUUUGAUGGCUCACGUGAGCGCUCAGAAAUGCAGCUGGAUGAGGGCACCGUGGUGCUUGUGAGGGGAGCUGGGGACCGAGAGCCAAGCUUCUGGAUCAUCCAGCCCCAAGAGCUGGUGUUGGCGACCCCUGGAGACACUGCCUUCCUGAACUGCACAGUGGUUGGAGAUGGUCCUUCCGGGCCCAUCAGGUGGUUUCGGGGGACUGGUUUGAGCCGGGAAGCCAUUUACAACUUCGAAGGCAUCUCCCAGCCCAACGUGACUGCGGUCCAGGCCUCUAACAGUGAUUUCAGCAUCCUUCUGCAAGGUGUCUCCGCUGAGUAUGCAGGCACCUACUACUGUGUAAAGUUUGAGAGGAAACCCAACAGGCAAUACCUGUCUGGACAAGGAACCAGGCUGAGAGUGAAAGCAAAGCCCACUUCUCCCCAAGAGACAGAAGUCAUCGACCAACCUGAAGAAGAGAUACUUCCAUCAGGCCUCCUGUAUUUGCUCACAAGUGUGGUCCUGGGACUGAAGGCCUUGACCUUAGCUGUACUUCUGCUGGUCCUGGCUGCCUGCUGGAAAAGAAGGCCUGGGCAAGAAAAUGUCAAAACUCCAGGCCUGGCAAAGCUGAGCUCAUCUUAG